CGAUUUAACCCAAUAGACGUAAAAAAUCUUUUCUCUUUCUCUUUCUCUUCCUUAUUCGUUACAUUCGAUCAAAUUCAACACCAAUUGAGGGCUUUGAAAACAUGCUGUUUGGUGUUAAACUGGCCAAUGAGAUCUAUCCUCCCUGGAGUGAUAACUACAUCAACUAUGAAAAGUUGAAGAAGCUGCUCAAGGAGAACGCAUUGGACUCCCACGGGUCUAAGAAGUCGUCCAAAUGGUCAGAUGCCGACGAGUCGCAGUUUGUUAAGGCCCUGGAUGCUGAACUGGAGAAGGUGUACACCUUCCAAACCAGCCAAUACGAGGAUUUGAACAAGAGAAUCGAAGCUCUACAAGGGAAGGCUGAUGAAAUCACUCAAUCCCAGAAGAAGGACUCGGUGGAAUGGCCAAAGUUUCAUCAAAAUGUGGAAAACGUGCUUGCAGAGGCUCAUGAGCUGGAUCACUUCGCUAGACUGAACUUUACAGGGUUUCAAAAGAUCGUGAAGAAGCAUGAUCGUUUGCACCCUCAUUAUAACUCCGUGAAGGCAUUGUUAUCUAUAAGAUUGAAGGACUUACCUUUCCAUUCCGAGGACUAUUCUCCUCUCUUGCACAAGAUCUCAUUCUUGUUCCAGUUCUUGAGAGAGAACAUGCAAACUGGGUCGCAUAUGGGCUCAAAAUCCAUGACACCAUCACAGUCUGGCUCGUUGAUGAACGCUGGUGUUUCUAAUGCAACACCGGGAUCUUAUGUUAACGCUGAUAACCUGGAUUACCAGUCUUUCAAGUUCUGGGUCCAUCCAGAUAACCUGAUGGAGGUUAAAACCACCAUCUUGAGACAUUUGCCGGUUUUGGUCUACUCGAAUGAGGCCGAAUCUAAGGAUUCUGUUGAUCCAAUAGUCACCUCAUUGUACUUUGAUAACGGCUCUUUUGAACUGUACAACAUGAAGCUGUUGAAAUCAAACACGUCGCCUUCUCUGCGAUUGAGAUGGUCUGGUAAUCUUGCUGAUAAGCCGGAUAUCUUUCUGGAGAAGAGGACUGUGGAUAAGUCCAAUGAGGAGGAGUCCUCCCACGAUAUUCGUCUCAAGUUGAAAGAGAAGUACGUCAACGACUUUGUCGUUAAAGGUGACGUCGAACAGUUCAAGCAGAAGACGUUGAACAAAUUCAGAGAGAUGGGCUCGUCUGAUCAAGUAUUGAAAGGCAUCGAAGACGAUGUCGACCAGGUUGCUGCUUUGAUCAAGGAGUACGAACUGCAACCUGCUGUUAGAUCCGUCUAUACGAGAACAGCCUUCCAAAUUCCAGGUGAUGAUAGAGUCCGUAUCACGAUUGACAGUGAUAUCCUCUUCAUCAGAGAAGAUGCAUUUGAUGAAAUGCGUCCAAUCAGAAACCCACAGGAAUGGCAUAGAAAGGAUAUAGAUCAAAACAUUGAUAAUCCGUACUCCUUGCUGAGAAAGAAUGAAUUUGUCAAAUUCCCUUAUAGCGUUAUGGAGAUCAGAAUUAAGAACACCAGUGGUAAGAAGUUAUCAGAUGGCAAGGGAAUCUCAAUCCCAUUCUCUAGAAAGAAUGGUAAGUGGAUUGAAGAAUUGACAACUUCUCAUUUGGUUAAAGAGGUUCCGAACUUCUCCAAAUUCAUCCAAGGUAUCGCUUCUUUGUUCAUCGAAGAUGAUCGUUUGGAUGUCUUGCCAUUCUGGUUACCUGACUUGGAAGACGAUAUCCGUAAGAAACCAGGUGAUGCCAUUGCAGAGGAGGAGAGAAAGAAGAAGCACCAAACUGAUCUACAAUCUAGACUACGUCGUAUUGAAGACUCAACAAAGUCGAAAGGUGAAGUUCAACUGGAGCGUGAAUGGAACGGCAUUGACGAUGAUGACCAAGAAUCAAGCGAUGGUGAACACCAAACUGCCGUCAGACACAGAGCAAAGCAACACGUUGAUAUCAUUCCAUUCCUCACUGGUGGUUCCAAGCUGGCAAAUGUCGAUUCGGAAGAUGAAGAAGUUGAAUUACCUCCUGGCGUUGUUAAGCCAAAGACCUUGUUGAAACAGGCUGGUUCGAUGAAGGUUGAAACCAAAGUCUGGUUGGCUAAUGAAAGAACCUUCAACAGAUGGCUGAGUGUCUGUUCCCUGUUCUCUGCCCUGACGUUUUCCAUUUAUUCCUCUGUGAAGAAGGCUGCAAACGAAGAAUUGGCUACACAGCUGGCCUACGUAUACUUUGCCUUGACUCUCUUCUGUUUGGGCUGGGGCUAUUUCAUCUACAACAAGCGUUUGUCGCUGAUCAAAGCAAGAGAUGGUAAACACUUGGAUGCGCCAUUGGGUCCUCUUGUCGUUGCGACAGGUGUCUUGGUUGCCAUAACCAUCAACUUCAUUGUUGGCUUCAAGAGUGCAGCUGAACGUCUGAAUACUCUGGAUGAACAGCCAUUACAUCCUUUGAUUCAAUGGGUGUUGAACACUGUCUAUCACUACGUUGGUGCUGAAGGUUACUAACUUGUCCUUCAGGUAUACGAUAUCUUCACUUUGCCUAAACUCUUUCAUAAAACUCAGUACCUACAAUCAUCUUUCAUAAUAUAUCAAACGGGAGUGUGU